UCAAAUUUAUCAAAAAAAUCUGAAGGACAAUGGCUUCUCUGGCGACUACCUUAAGCGGAAGCUUCAAAGUUCUGGUUUCAUCGUCUUCAACGAGAGUUGGGUUUCCAGUAAUCUCCGAUCAAAACACGAGAGUCGUCUUCUUUGCUAAUAAUAGAGACGGAUGCAUCUCUAGAACGGCGUUUCUGCGUCGAUUUGCGAUAAGUGGUUCGAGCCAAGGAGAAAAGAUAUCGCCUUUAGCAUCUGGUGUAUCGCCGGGUUUGUAUUCAGCUGAGACUUUUGAUUUGACGCCUCAAAAUGUUGAUUUGGUGCUCGAGGAUGUUAGGCCGUUCUUGAUCUCCGAUGGUGGUAACGUCGACGUUGUGUCCGUUGAGGAUGGUGUAGUUUCUCUCAAACUCCAAGGAGCAUGUACUAGCUGUCCAAGUUCUUCAACAACCAUGACAAUGGGAAUAGAGAGAGUACUCAAGGAGAAGUUUGGAGAUGCUUUGAAAGAUAUUCGGCAAGUUUUUGAUGAAGAAGUAAAGCAGAUAACCGUAGAGGCAGUGAAUGCUCAUCUCGAUAUACUGAGGCCAGCGAUCAAGAACUAUGGUGGAAGUGUUGAAGUUUUAUCAGUUGAAGGCGAGGACUGUGUUGUAAAGUAUGUUGGACCGGAAUCAAUAGGAAUGGGAAUACGAGCUGCGAUUAAAGAAAAAUUCAAGGACAUAUCUAAUGUAACCUUUACAAGCUAGAAAGCAUGAAGAUGUCCACUAUAUAUAUAUGUUGAUCAAGAACGGUGUGUAGACAAAGUAGCAAGUUGUCGUCCAAGUAACCAAUCCCUUCACCAGACAACAAAACAAAAAAGAACAGAGUAUUCAUGUAUGUUUUUUUUGUUUAAAGAUAUCUGUAUAAACUUUUCUUACC